GGUCUUUAGAAACAUCUGAAGCAACGAAAUGACAAUUCUCAGGUUCCUCUCUGGUCAUCUGUGUAUACUUUAUUGGAAAACAUCUACCCACUCACUAGUUAUAGAAUGCAGAAGGUAAUUUGACUAGGGAAGUGUUGUGAUAUAUACAACCUUAAUGAAGCUCGGAAGCUUAUCCAUUUUCCCAGUCAGCUGGAGUCUGUAGUUUAAUGUAACGCGAGUGUUAUAUUGUGAUCCAAUGAUAGUUCUGCAAGAUUGUUUGCCGUUUCUGUUGUCUUGCUUUUCGUGAUUAUUUCAACGUCAUCAUGUCGUGGCAAAGUCCGAGCUCGGGGAUUGAUUCCUUUACGAAUAAGUGUCGCGCGUGCAUGAAGGAAGGUGGCAAGAUGUUGCCUAUGUAUGAUGAUAAUAUCAUCAGCAAGAUUAAUCUGCCAUACAAGCUUGCGCAGCUCACGUCCAUCCAGAUUGAUAGAUUUGAUGGACUACCCAACAUGCUUUGUCCGAAAUGUGCUUAUCGAACUAAUAUUUUGUAUAACUUCAGAUUGGAGGUACAAGAGUCAGACAAGAAACUCAGAAUGAUACGUGAAAGUCAAAUGUGCAAGAAAAAAGAAUUAAUUGAAGAAGAUAGUGGUAUGCUAAUAGAUGAAUCCUUAGAAUUAAAUAUGUUAAGUGACAAAAAAUCUAUAUACAGUGAAGAUACUUUUGACAGUGUCAACAUUAAAACAGAUAAAAAGGUUAAGCAAGAACAACAAUAUGAAAUGGAUGUAUCUGAGAUAAUUGAAAAUGACAGGGAUGAUGACAAAAAGAGUUCACAGUUAAAUGAGCUUUUUUAUAAUAUUAUACAAGAAACCAACGAGGACCAAAUGGAUGUUCAUUUGGUAAAAACUAGUAUACCUGAAGAAAUUUCGAAAAUGUUUCCAUCAGAAGAUGUUACAAUAAUGUAUAUAUCGAAAUCUGCGAUUGAAUCGAUGCCAGAGAAUACCUUAACACUCGAGCAGGAACAAGAAGAAAUCGAAAAUGGCAAUAAUAUAUUUAUCACUGAAGAAGUGGAAAACCUAAAUGAACAAGAAAAUUAUGAAGAGGCUUCAAGUAAUAUGUACAUUUCUAGUCCUGUGGAACCUAAUGCAACCGAAAGGAAUAAAUGCGCUUAUUGGGAAAAUCAAGAUACAUCAAUAAUGAUAAAUGUUGAUGAACAAAAACAAUAUGAUGACACGAUACAAAAUGAAAAUAAAGAAACGAAGCUUAAUGAGAGUAGUUCGAACACUGAACAAUCCAUAAGAGCAGAGAAUAGUGAUGGAUCUGAUUCUGACUACUUUGUCGAUGGUAAAGACAAUAUAUUAGGCAGUGUGAGUGAUGCGGUUAUACGAAUAAAAGAAGUUCAGCAAGAAAAUGGGAUUGAAUAUCAAUGCACGUUGUGUCUACAGAAUUUUGAUCAACUGACAAAUGUAUUGUUACAUACUAUCGAUAAUCACGUCCCUGUCAGCGGACCGUUCUUUUGUAUGGUGUGUGAAAAGGAUUGCAAGAGCCUUCGGGAACUGCGAACACAUGUAAAAACACAUAAUGGCGAGUUCCCGUAUUCCUGCUUCCUUUGUAAAAAGGCGUACACCAGAAAGAGAUAUCUGAAAAGACACAUGGCAUGCCAUCCCAACUUUUCACGGCAUCGCUGUCUGAAGUGCGGUUGUCGUUUUAAAUCAAAAUCAGAAUUAGAGACUCAUGCGACGACGCAUGAAUGCAUUGCACCCUAUGUCUGCAAUCAGUGUACACGUGUAUUUAAUCAUAAAGGCAAUUAUAAACGACAUUUAAUCAGCCAUUUAGAUCCUCAGGGUCUUCAUUUACCUAAGUAUCCAUGCAGUUACUGUGACAAACGCUUUCCUAAUAAUCGUACAUUACAAACGCAUAUACGUGUACACACUGGUGAGAAGCCGUUCCAAUGUGACAUUUGUUUCAAGUCAUUUUCACAACGAGGCAACUUGUUGAACCACUCAAAGAUACAUUCAAAUCCUCGCAGCUAUACGUGCGAAGUCUGUGGUAAAAGCUUCAAUCAACGUGCCACAUUACGAGAUCAUACAUUAUUGCAUACAGGUGAAAAACCCCACGUAUGUACUGUAUGUGGAAAAGCAUUUACGGUUAGCGCGGCAUUGAGGAGGCAUAUGUUUAAUCACACUGAAUGCAAGCCAUUUAAUUGUGAAAAUUGUGGCAUGGGAUUUGUUGGCAAAUAUGAUUUACGACGACAUAUGCGAGUGCAUGAGAAUCGACCAAAAGAAAAGCGAAGAAAAAACGCAAAAAAACGCAAAGCUAAUUUUCUCGAAGAGAAAUCAGAAGAAAGUUAUAUUGCAUUGGAAGAACCAGAUACUGAGACUGUGAUCAUAGCAGUAGCGAAAAAGGAAGAAGAAGAAGAAUACCUUUUACCAGAAAACAUUACCCCCGUAAUGUCUCAAAUCGAAUCAGAAAAGGAAAAUGAAAAUGCACUGUUUAAUCUUCAAUCUUAUAAUUCAGUUUUAUACAAUACAAUUAGUAGGUCGUAGACCUAAUAAUAGUGA